AUGGGUGAAACAGGUAUCAUUCUCCGUUUCCCCUUAGACCCAACAGCGCAAGAGUUCACACCAACAAACCUAUGUUACCCCUAUCACUAUCCCUAUGCUCCCCCACCCAUUCCUCUUCCUCUUCCUCUACCCCUUCCCUACCCUCCUCCGUUCCCUCCACCGCACCUUUCCACGGCACCAACUCGCUCCCUUCUACUCACUCCUCUCCCCGUCAUCACCGAGUUAGCACUCAAAACCCAACUCCAACACUUCGGCGACGUAAGAGCCCUCCAAAUGGAUUCUCUCCGUCACGGUUUCGUCACCGUUCACUUCUACGACCUCCGCCAUGCAGAAACUGCCUUCGCCGCUAUCCGCAUGCACCACUCCCCUCAAUUCCACCCCGCACCGCCGCCCCAUGGACUCGUCGCCGGCCGCCCCGUCUGGGCCCACUAUGUCCUCUCCGACGCUCAGAACCAAGGCACCCUCGUCGUUUUCAACUUGGACCCCGACGUCUCCGCCGAGAAUCUCCGGCGAGUUUUCGAGCCCUUCGGUCCCAUAAAGGAAUUGAGAGACACCCCAUGGAAAAGGAAUCAAAGAUUCGUGGAGUUCUUCGACACAAGAGAUGCUUCCAAGGCUUUGAAACAUAUGAAUGGAAAGGAAAUUCAUGGCAAAACCGUUGUCAUUGAGUUCAGUAGACCAGGUGGUCACACUAGAAAGUUCUUCCAUUCUUCUUCUCCACCUUCUAAUAAAAAGCCUUUCAAUUUCAAUAUUAAUAUUCCACCUCUUCAAUCUCCUUCCCCACGACGUCGUUUUGCUUCCUCUCGCUUCCACUCCUCUCACCCACAACUCUCUCACAAGAAAACCCCCCACAAGGUUCCCAAUCAUGCCACCAUUGAUACCACAGUUGGUAGCACUAAGCAGCAGCAGCAACAACAACAACAACAACUACCUAGGAGUAGUAGGCAUUGGAAAGGAAAACAAGCAAAGAAACACGAAACGCGGUUUCUUAUCAAAGAGGAUGCCAUUGUAGAGUCUAGUUCAAGAGAUACUAGAACUACUGUGAUGAUCAAGAACAUUCCCAAUAAGUACAGUCAGAAGCUACUAUUAAACAUGCUGGACAACCACUGUAUACACUGCAACGAGCAGAUAGGAGACGGCGAUGAGCAGCCUCUAUCCUCCUACGACUUCGUGUACCUUCCCAUUGAUUUCAACAACAAGUGCAACGUGGGAUAUGGGUUUGUUAACAUGACAUCUCCGGAGGCAACUCUGAGGCUGUACAAGGCCUUCCAUCUUCAACACUGGGAGGUUUUCAAUUCCAGAAAAAUUUGUGAAGUCACCUACGCUAGAGUUCAGGGAUUGGAAGCGUUGAAAGAGCAUUUUAAGAACUCAAAGUUCCCAUGCGAGAUGGAGCAUUACCUGCCAGUGGUGUUUGAACCGCCUCGAGAUGGGAGGGAACUGACGGAGCCACUUCCAUUGGUGGGGAACAAGCAACCACUCAUUCCAAUUCCGAUUGAUGAGAUGGAGAAUGGUGUUUCUGCUUCUGCUUCUGCUUCUGCUUCUGACUAUGACGUGCUUAGCAGCAAAAGCGGCGGCGUGGGUGAUGAUGACACAAUUCAAGUGUAG